UCUUCUUUUUCAUUAUUGUUUGUUUGUUCCUGAAUGUUUAAACGGCUUAUACAGCCUCAUGCUCUUUUAUAUCAACAAUUACGGCCCCGUGCGAAUCGGGCCCUACACUGUAAUGGCAUUCACACACAAUCUGGAAAAUGGCAAUCCAAGCGAAAUGGAGUUACUGUGGCAACCACUUUUACCGGGAUCGGUUUGCUAGGCACCGGAAUGUUACUUUACCUUGACAACGAUCAACUUUAUUACUAUGCCCAGACCUUUCGACGGUCCGGUACAGCCGUCGUAACCGGUGCCAAGAUAGCACUUGACUACCAGUGGACCUUACUGCGUGCUUCGGACGUAGACAAAGAAAGCGCCAAAUCUGCUUGCCACAAACGUAGCGCUGAACGAGUCCUUCAUAUCCUGCAAACACUCGGCGGUAUAUACAUCAAGUGGGGACAACACCUGUCGUCGAUGGUUUUUGUGCUUCCAGAGGAAUGGACGUCCACACUUGCGGUAUUGCAAGAUCGGUGCGAGUGUGCAAGCUCACCCGAGGAGAUUCGUCACUUGGUGCGAGUUGAUUUGGGCCAAGACUUGGAUUCCUUGUUCUCCUAUUUCGAUUAUGAACCGAUCGGCGUUGCAUCGUUGGCGCAGGUGCAUAAAGCACAACUGGCUAGUACUGGUGAAUGGGUAGCUGUCAAGAUUCAGCAUCCAAAGCUUGAUGAGUUUUGUCGCAUCGAUAUCAAUACAGUGUCGUGGAUUUUUGAUACCAUCCAAUCGAUUUUCCCAAAUUUCGGAUUUUAUUGGGUCGCGGAAGAUAUGCGGGAGUCGUUGCCACAAGAGCUCGAUUUUACUGUCGAGGCUGCAAAUGCGCACAAGGUCAGCGAACAGUUCGCUGGAGAUCGUACUGCACUUGUUAUCCCUGAGGUUUUAUGGGCGAAACGACGUAUCAUAUGUAUGGAAUAUAUACAUGGUGUCCGUAUCGACGACUUAAACUAUAUGAAAAAACAUAAGAUUGAUCCUAGCACCGUUUCUACUGAGCUAAUAUCAAUCUUCUCUCGGAUGAUGUUUAUACAUGGAUUCGUUCAUUGUGACCCUCACCCAGGCAAUGUAAUGAUCAGAGCGAGCAACGAUAAUCCAUCCGGACACAACUUUGAUAUCGUUCUAUUAGAUCAUGGUGUAUAUCGGACUCUUCCCGAUGAGCUUCGUGUAAAUUAUGCUCAUUUAUGGACGGCUUUGAUUGAGGGGGACGAGGAGGGUAUCCAGCGUUACUGCGAACUAGUGGGCGGAAGCGACCAUCGCCUGUUUGCAUCCAUGUUGACAGGUCGAGAAUGGCACACGAUUCGAUCUGCCAAUCUAUCUUCUGCAAGAACAACCACCGAAGUAGACCGUGUCGCGAACAAACCUACCAUGCAUUUUCUGCGACGGAUUGCAGAUAUUCUGUCCUCACUUCCGCGCGUCAUGCUGCUCUUACUCAAGACGGGCGAUCUGCUGCGGAAUGUAGAUGAACUGCUACGCAACGCUUCUAAACCAGAACAGUAUCGCACGUAUGCAAUCAUGGGACAAUUCUGUGCCAAGGCAGUGUGGGUUGAAACUAAGCAGCGCAUUUCCGAAAAGGCUGCUACUGCUGGAGUCAGCUGGCAACUAGUGAAGCAUUUUGCUGUUGCAUGGUGGAAGUAUCAUCGGUUAGAAUACAGUCUCUGGGCUUACAAUGUACAUUCUACCUUGCGUCAGAAAUUAUCCAUCAACUUUUUGUAAAUAUAGAAUUUUAAUAGAGUCAUCUUAGUAUAUACUAAUUAAUUGAUACAAAGGUUAUUGAUUCAAAAUAACAUUUAAGGAGUUGUACAUUAGCUAGCAAGCUGUUUUCAAAUAGUCGCAGCGAUUGUGUCAAUGUUGAAAACUCAAGGAGUCGUUGUAACUUUAGUGUGG